GAUGUAUUCAGAAAAGUAUAUAAAGUAUAUAUAUACCUCAUUAUUUUAUCAUUUUAUAGAAAUAUUAUUGAGAUGGAUAUAUCAUUCAAACUUUACAUACUUUCAAGCAAUGGUCCUCAAGUUUAUGCGGUUAACAUUUGCAAAGACGAUAAGAAUCACCUCAGGGACCAUGUCUGUGGUAUUAAAGGAGUUGGUGAUUCCGACAAAAACAAUUUGAAACUUUGGAAAGUUAUUGGUGUUAAGAGUAAAGAUAUUAAAGAGCAAAAUAUUUCUACUGAAGAAGACAUUGUUCAAAAACUUCGUGGAAAAGAAAUGGAACUUGAAGAACCGUUUAGUACAUAUUUUCAAGAUGAAUUGGAUAAUAAAAAUAAAUCUGGAAGUUCUAUCAUCACCAUCAUCACCGACACUGAUUAUUACCCACCAAAAAAGCGCCCUAAAAUAAUCAAAGGUAUGUUAUAACAAUUUUAAGCUCCUAUCUUUUGUGCUGAACACAAUGCUAAUCUUCACUUUCCAGCUCUCGAAGGGGAGGAUGUGU